GACGAUACGCCCGUGUCUCUCGCGCCGCGGCCGGGCGGACGGAGCGUCCACCAGGGAGCGAAAACCCCUCGCGCGAUAGACCGAGGAACGAGCGCGAUUAUUGAAUCCCCGCGGAGUAUAUAUGCCAACUCCGACGUCGCGGCAAUUCCACGUAAUUCCCGACGUGCAGUACACGUUCGUCGCGCCGCGUGUGUCAUCCGGGAUAAUGAUUCCUCGCUACGUGAAUUGCACAUAAGAGGAUGCUAUGGUGAAGAAAAAGUGCAUCAAGUAUCCUCGGUCCUCUGCAACGGAUGGUGGCACUCGAAAAUGACUGACUCUACCUCCGCCGCCUCUACUUUCGUCAGAAUAAUCGGCAAAAUAGUGACUUUACUGAAAUGUGUCGUACGGACGGCAUUUGUGAUAUUAAACAAUGUCUAUUGCAUACCUACAUAUGUAGUAUGGAUGAUGUUACUGUUCCCUGUAAAAAUAUAUCAACCACAAGUGUACUGGCGAAUCGAAGGCCUAUUUUUCCACUGGUUGCUGGCAAUGGUGUCGAUGUGGACCUGGUCUGCAGGCUACGACAUAAUAGAGCAAGGUGAUGACAUACAGAAGAUUAUAAGCGAGAAAACAUUAGUUAUAGCGAAUCAUCAGAGCACUGGUGAUGUUCCUAUAUUAAUGACAACAUUUAACGCCAAACCAAAUGUUCUACCUAAUUUAAUGUGGAUAAUGGAUAGGGUGUUCAAAUUUACUAAUUUCGGAAUAGUUUCUAUAUUACAUCAAGAUUUCUUCAUUGUAUCGGGACGUAAGCGAAGAGAAGAAAGUUUAAAGCAAUUACAAAAGCAUCUCAAAGAUUCGUAUAUACCGCGAGAUAGAAAAUGGAUGGUACUUUUCCCGGAAGGUGGCUUUCUGUGUAAAAGGCGAGAGACUUCGCAAAAGUACGCCAAGAAGAAUAAUCUGCCUAUUCUUGAAAAUGUGACUCUACCAAGAGUAGGAGCCAUGCAAACCAUAUACGAUACUCUCGGGCCAGCGGGAAGCAGGGACUCGGAGAAUCAACAUCUGAACAGCCGACCAAGUUUGACGGUAGCUAAUCCAGAAAUUAGUUGGGUUCUUGAUAUAACAGUAGCGUAUCCUCAAGGUAAACCGCUCGAUUUAGCUACUAUUAUAACUGGUUCGAGACCUCCGUGCGAGACGGUAUUAUUUUAUCGACUUUUCCCUAGUUCAGUGGUGCCACGUGAACCAGAACAAUUAUCCAAAUGGUUGUACGACAGAUGGGCAGAGAAAGAAGCACUGUUGGAACACUUUUAUAAACAUGGAACAUUUCUUGGCACAAAUGGAUCAAACAGAACUAGUUCCAAAAUACAUCAGGAUCCAUUAAGAUUCCUAGUCCUUCAUUUAUUCUUCAUAACGUCUAGUUAUAUACAUUAUAGCAUGCUUACGUACGUGCUAUCUUGCUUUUGGUAAGAUGUUUUUAUAUCAUGUGCGACGCACGACGGUCCAGUUUAAAGAAGGAAAUCAUAGUAACGAAGUAAGAUAUCCUUGCCUUAAACAACCAUUUUGAUGUUUAUGAGAAUAAUUCUAAUGGAUGUACAGAUAAUUAAAUUCGGCAAGUCUGCCCACAUUAUAAGUCAGUUGUAACACUUAUUUUUAUUUAAUGCAACAAUUGCAAACGGUAGUGGUAAUUGUGUUUUGCGUUGUAAAACUAACAUAAAGUUAACAUGGUUUUAAAUGUGAUUUCGAACUAUUAACAUAUUUUAAUAUAUUUAACGAAAUAACAGUUGAAAUAAAAUUUAUUUCUGUAAUUUUUAUGGUUUCUUAAAAGUUAAAAAUGAUUAUCUUGUAUUCUCUAUACCAUACAAAGUAUACGUUACGUAACAAACCUGCUUUUAUAAAUCAACAUUCGUAUAUCUCGGAGCUCGAUGAUGGUACAUUCUUAGAAUGAAACUUCGUUGGUGACGCCAAUCUGUAGACUUAUUUUUCUUCACUUUGGAUAUUGUAGGAUAUAAAAAUAUUUAAUUUUAAAUUUAGAUACAGUACUCGCCGGAAUAAGCAUUUCAUCUGUAAACAUCAUCCGUUAUGUGAUCUCUUUUGUAAAGGUGGUAUAAUGCAUUUUGCCGCAGAGUUUUUGAGAAUGCGUAAAAAUAUGGCAUUUAGACACUUUAUCGAUAUUGGAUCAAGUUCACAAUUCUUAAUUUAUACAAUUCUAUUAUAUGUUGCAUAAUAAACACUACCCGGUUUCAUAUAGAUUCAAAUUUAGGUACGAUAUUCACAUUGAGUUAUAUUAACAUCACAAAUAAUGUACGAAUGUGUUUAUCACACACCUGGUACUUGGUAGCGUUGUAACCAAAUCUUUGUAAUAUAUAGCAUCGCAUGUGUGUCUUAUGUAAGUUGAUUAUAAAAUAUGACAUUCUAUAUCAACAUACAAUAGAAGAAAAGAAUUUUUGUGGAACAUUAACAGUCGAAUCUUUUAAAGAGCGUAUCAAUUUAGAGGGUUUUUUUGUGAUAUACACAGCAAAAGAUAUUUUUCAAGGCAAACAUUAAAAGGUCCAUCCUAUAAACAUAAUUUUUUAAACAUCACGUUAGGAAUUUUGUAACAAUAAGUUUAUAACUUUAACGACAUAUAAAUUAGAAUUAGAUUAGUGCAAAGAUAUGAUUGUUCGAAAACGGAAAUAAAUAAAAGAAAUAUUGUAGCGGAUUGCAUUGUAUGAACUAAUAAGCAAGAUAUAUUUUUUUAUGUCCAGAAACUAUGAAACGAAUAUAAAACUCCUGGCCUUUGUCAAAA